GACUGAUAUCUCGUCGUGGGUUGAUCGAUCAUGGGCCAUGCCAGAUCGUGCGUCAUCGUUGGUGUCGAACGAGGCCCGGCCAUCACGUUGUCCGCUGCAUGCUUAUCGGCUGCGUCUCUCUCGCGCUGUUUCUUUGGUGGCGUUGCCGUCGAAGGGAGGGUGUGUUCUCUCGGGCUGAAUGGACUGUGAGCUCUUCUAUAUGGCUGCUACGGGAAGGGACUUUGCGAUCGGCAGAUGAAAGUACGAAGGAUUCAUGAACGCUUUAUGGUGCCAGUUCUUGAUCGUGUGCGACGAGGACGUUGGAGCAGUUCAACGACAGCAGCCUAACAAGAGUCUUUUCUCUUCUCGUCGCAGGCGCGGCACCGCAUUCUUGUCGCGCCGCCCUGUUCCCACUUGAGAACCAGGUUUGUGGCACUAGAGUAUGACUGAACAAAGUCCGGUGCUGUCGAUCGAGCGUUCGAGACUGUCCGCAUCGUGAAGGCAAACAUGAGCAUGGGUGACGAUUGGCUCGCACGCCCAAGUAGCGAUGCUCCUGUUUGUAUGUGCGAGUUUGAUGAAGGCGAGGUGCGUGGAUGCAGGGAGCGGUGUUUAAAUCGUUCUAUGCGAUUCGAAUGUGCCGUCGAGAGCUGCCCCUGUGGAGACCGCUGUAGCAAUCGUCAGCUACAACAGGGCACGACGUUAAAAACCGCCGGCAUUGAUUGUGGCCUGAAAGGAGUCGAAAUUAUUGCCCUCGAAUACAUCGCUGAAGGGCGUCUCGUCGGCGAGUACGUCGGCGAGUUAUUGGGACGUCGAGAGGCUCAGUUAAGAUCAAAGGUUGAGAAAUGGAGCGUUCGCGGCCAGGAACGCUGUGGUUUGUUCGCGAAUCGAUGUGUGAGGGCCGGCGACGAGAUCACGUUUGACUACAACCUCGUUUCUGCCGAAACUGAGGUGUGGCGCUGCGCUUACAUGCAGCUAUUGCUUGCCUAA